AUGGGGAAAAUCUGGAAUAUAGAUACAGAGAAGUGCUCAGCGACACAGCCAUCGGGGCCAGGUAUGACAUCAAUGACAUCUGAUGUGAGCCAGACACUACUGAGGGGACAGACACUGAUUGGACAGGAUGGCAGACUACAGAGAACUACACCUGUUCAAGGUAAUGAGCUUCUCAAGUGAACUGCAACCUUUCACCCACAUCUGAGAAUGGGCUGAAGGGAAACCACUACUAUCAGACUUGGAAUCCCCAUUCCAACUUCAUUUCAGCAAAGUAUUACUCUUUAGUACAGGGGUGUGAAAUUGCUGGUUAUUGCAAAAACAAAUCUCAAUUUAAGACUUAAACAACUAGGGCCGGGACAAUACCAGUAUCACAAUAUUUUUUUACAUAUGAAAACACGAAGCAGACCAAUCUUGUCCUUUAAACCUGCUGUAUGUAAAUAUUGUGUGCAAUAGGUUGUAAAAUAAAUUAAUGCGACUCUGGGUGACGUUAGGGCUGUUUUUCCUAAAGCAGUUAAAUCUGCUUCAUGUUUUGUUUCCUUGCCACGAUACUAACGAGUAUUGCAAUAUUGGUAUUGUCCCAGCCCUAUAAACAACCAGGUGAAGUGAUUUUCGAACGAAUCUGUGACCUUAAUUGAUCACGUACAGGGGAGCAGUGUGAACCCACAGACACUCUGCUCUCUGUGUAAUGAGUUUGACACCUGUGCUUUAGUACAUGAGACUGAAACUUGCCCACAAUUGGGAUAUUUCGACACAUUUCCAGAAUGGUCUGUGUGGUCGUCUCAGGUGCAGUGUCGGCUCCAGCGGGGUGCUGUGUGUGUCAGAAGGCCCAGGGCACCAGGAGGCCGUGCUCCCAGUGUGACCGCCCAGCCUGCCCUUCCUGCAUCCAGCAGUGCGCCAGCUGCUCCAGCUCCUGCUGCUCUGUCUGCACUGUCAUCGAGUAA